AUGGCACAGGCGGGAACACGGGUGAAUGGCAGAGAUAGGGGGAGCGUGGGGUUCCAAGGCUGGGGCGUGGUUUGUGCGCGAACGUCGUGA